AUGACGGCCAUCACCAAUUCAUGCCAGUUCCAUGGUCGUGACGACGAGGACGCACCUGCUCACAUAAACCGCCUCACUCGCCUUUGCAGCACCUUCUCUAUCGAGGGUGUGAACCUCGAUGCUCGAUACCUUCAGGUCUUUCCAUUCUCGCUCGCAGGUCGCGCAGCCACCUGGCUUGAUUCUCAGCCAGCAGGCACUUACACCACUUGGGCAGGUCUUCGCGAUGCCUUCUUAGCCAAAUACUUCCCACCGGCCAAGGCAUCCCGCCUUCGUAAUCAGAUUCACUCCUUCCGCAUGGAGCCUGAUGAGCCGUACCACCUAGCCUGGGAGCGUUUCCAAACUCUGAUUUCUCGUUGUUCCCAGCAUGGUUUGUCGGAUUGGGCACUAGUUGAAAAGUUCUACAAUGGUCUCACCCCUGAAAUUAAAGCCAGUUUUGAUACUUCAGCUGGAGGGCAACUUAUGGGUAAAAAGACAAUGAAUGAGUGUAAUGAUUUGUUUGAGAGUUUCGCCCAUUCUGAUAUGGACUAUAGCACUACCUCCUCGGCCACUCGAGGGGUAAACCAAGUUGGCUUGGAUCCAUCGGUAGCUGCUGCUUUCGAGACUCUGAAACAAGAGUUGAAUGAGAUUAAGAAGAAAGUUGAUAGGUGUGAGGUUUGUAGAGGAGGCCACGAUACGAUAGAUUGUCCCACACUUACACUCGAGCAGGUUGAGUAUAUAGCCGGUCAAUCUAGGGGUCCCACGAAUCCGUUCAAUAAUUCUAAUGAUAACUCCAACUGGCGCGGUAGUGGCAAUAAUAGUGGUUUCCGCUCUUCUGGUAAUCCUCCUGGUUUUCCAUCUUGUCAGUAUCAAAGUAGGGGCCCGGUCUAUACACGAGUAGUGGUUCAGGACAGGGAGGUCAGUUUAGUGGUUCAGGUUCGAGUGGUCAGUUUGCUAGUGGGGGGGGUCAAAUCAAGAGGGUCAGGUAGUGGUAAGGGUUCAGAGGGUAGUUUAAGUAGGAUUGAAGAGAUGCUCACUCAGAUGAUGGUGUGA